GUGUUUGGUCAGACGCCCCUUUUCAUGUUCAGGACUCGCCAGUGGUAUCUUUGGCCCGAAUUACCGUGCAACCAUGUCUCAAAGCCCAAAGGCUUACUGACUUGGAUGGAGAAACAUCGGCUACCCUACUUCUGCAAAACCAACCUGUGCCUUCACUAUAUCCUCUGCCAGGAGCUCAUCAGCUUCAUCCGGUCCCCAGAGGCAGGGGAAGAACUGACCAAAUUCUGGCUGGCUGCAGAAAGGAUACUGGGUAUUGACGAAAUGGAUGAAUCCCAGCAAGAUCUCUACGUGUCGCUCUUCCAGGUGUUGAUGGCCACUCACUUGCAGCAGGGCUCCGUGGUUGUCACCCUCUGUAACACGACCAUUGAAACACUUUUGAGGAUGUCUCCCUCUCACCCCAAGCACGUCCAGACGCGAAGGGAAGUCCUGAGUGAGAUGCAGAAAGUGGCCCUGUUCAAGAUCGAAAGUUACUGGCUCCCAAACUUCUACAUCCACUGCAAGCUGAGCAUGGAGCAAGAAACAACGUGCUCCCACCUGCUCAAGGAGUAUCGAGAGCGGCUGUGCACACUCACGUUUCCGAGGCCCUUUCUCUUUCCCCUGCCGACGAUGAGCAUCCGGGAAAGCAGCAUCACAUCGCUGGCUUACUCUAGUCUGAAAAGGAAGAAGGAUGUUUGGGAUCGGGUCACAGGCAAAGGUCCUCUGAAAAGGAGAGCGAGACGUAAAAAAGAGAGCCACGGACACCACCACAGGAGGUCCGCAUCAUCCAAGGCCAGUUCGACGGACAAGAAGCAUCACUUUUCUGAAAAACAGACCUCUAGUGCAAGAACGUGGCAAACGGAUCACGCCAAUGAACGAAACACAGGUGACAAUUCCAAUGAAUCACCGAGCUUCAAAAGCAUCCAGAGCAAGCUGCUCACCCCUCCCGGGCUGGAUGAAAUUCGUGAGAGGAGCACCGUCACAAAACUCCGCGCUUCCACCCCUGUGGUCCAGUUCCCUUCCAUGCUGGCCUUAAAAACCAUAGUCAAGUCUCCGUUGUCCUUAGAAUUCCUUCCUUGGGUGCUCAGCGCCGACAAGUGUGCGGGAUGCCCCUUCCGGGAGUUCUUGCUCAGUAGGAAUUAUGCCGUAGAGGUUCACCUCCUCGACCUCUGGCACGACCUCGAAGAUUUUCUGCGCAUGAUGAUGUGCUCUCUUGGGGAGGGUAAUGUCCUCUUGCGCCACGUGAUGGGCGAGCGGAUCUGCGAGCUGUACCUGACGCAGAACAGCAACUGGCACCUUCCUUUGAAGCUGACGACUCUCAGGGGGUUGCAGAGUCUCCUGCCGUCUGGAAAUGUGAUACCCUGGGUGAUAAAGGCACAGAAGGAAAUCUGUAAGAUCCUGUGCUUCCUCUACGAAGAAUUCCUGCAGCACGAUGACAAGAUGUUCCUGUUCUAUGUGCGAGGCAAGGAGAAGAAACUGACCGAGAAAGAGCCUUAUGAAAAAGAUGAACACCUCCGGCUCACCCGGAGAAUCAUGGAGUCCACGCAUCUGAGCCAAGCGUUAGCUGGGAUGAGAGACUUCGACCUGCUGUCUGAAGGACACUGGCAGUUACUGGGCACUCAGGACCUGGGAAUGGGGGGCUCUGUCUUUAUGGAGUUGGAUCCUAUCGUGUACAAGAUAGAUUAUGUUGGCAUGAAAAUUGAGGAGCUGGCCAGAGUCAACCCUAAGAUGGCUGUGGAAAUGCUGAGUAAGAACUUCAGGGAAUUCUGUGAGAAGUAUCCAACAGCGGGUGGCGUGUUCAUUCGUCCCACGAUCCCAAAAAGGAGCUUACACUGGACCAGGUCAAGUUUGUCCUUCAUGAGGAAGGGACCGCUCAUGAGAAAGCCCCUGAUGAGGCCCAGAGAGCUGACUGACGUUCUUCAGAACCCUGUACAUCUGGAUUACUUCAGGCAUUUCCUCAAAUUGCACAAUGCCGAAACCCCGCUCCUUUUCUGGUUGGGGGUAGAAGACGUCCUUAAGGAGACUGACCCCAAGGCACAGCGUCUCUUGAUCAAUGACUUGGUCAGGAAUUUCUUCUACCACAGUAUUCCACCAGAUAGGCUUCUGCAGUGCGACGAUGAUAUCAUCCGACAGAUACAGAAGGCCCGUAACGUUACCCUCGCCAUGCUGAUCUCGGCACAGAGCUGUGUCAUGAAGUGUCUGGAAGAGCGAUG